AUGCAAUCAUUAUCCUUACUUCGUAUGCCGUCAAGUUCAAUCCAAUAUUUGUCAUCAUCUGAUCAAGCCCGUGUGACAAAUAUUUUCAAUGCAUAUGAAAAUACUUGCAUAACAGAAAGAAAUACUCGAUUCAAAUUUUAUCCAGUUAUUGAACAUAAAUCUAUACAUGGAUUUUUGAAUGAAAUCUCACCUGUAUUUCAAACUUUCGUUCAAUAUUUAAAACUUAUACCUGAAUUUAAUAAUCUAAUUAUAAAUGAUAAAAUACGAUUAAUGAGAAAUCAUUUUGGAAUUAUACUUAAUAUUAAUGAACCAUAUAUGUAUUCUGUAACACCUUCUAAUCUUCUUGCAACAUAUACAAAUGUAUUUGGUUUUAAUAUAACGAAACGUCUUUUGAAACGUAAUCAACUUAUUGAACAAUUUAUUUAUGAUCCAAUUAUAUUAAAAAUUGUUCUCAUUAUUCUUAUACUUUCAAGUAGUAAUCAUAGAAAUAUUAAUCAUAUUGAUAUGAAUCUAAUUUGUGAUGAUUCAUUAUCUAUAUUUAGAGC